AUGAACCAAUACCAGGACGCAAACGUCACACAUCAGCAGCUUCAGUUGAUGGCGUCUGACGACACUGAGGACCGACUAUCUCAAACUGCUAUACAAAUCUCCCCGGUCAAUUCAGCAGAUUGUAGCGCCUCCAUCCAGCUCGAAGACUCGCAGUCACAACAGCAAGAGCAGCAAGCCAUAGAGGGUGUCCCUGAUACACGCUCUGACGAGCAGUUCAAUGAAUCGGACUACUUGAACGAUGAAUCCACAAAUGAGAGCGAGUUGUGUGAUGAGCAAGUAGAUACUGUCACGCAGGUCGAAAUACAAAUGUCGGACAUCGAGGACCCCAGACAAAGCCCUGACGAUAUAGGACAACCCGCUCAGGACGACGGCGACUCGACAUCAAGCGAAUCAGAGAGUGAAGAUGCACAAGACUGUCCAUCUAGGCCCGAGAACAGCGAAACGUUAGACGCCGUGUCUUUAGCCACAGUGGCGGCACCAAGUGUCCGUGACCGGCCAGCCUUUGACGAGGCAGUCAACACAUCGCGAGCAGAGUAUCCGGCUGGGCCAGUGCCAUCUCUGGAGGGAUCAAGGAUUGUUAACAACAGGCAUCAAGCGUCUGAGUUGAUAAAGGCUCUGGAGGACCAAGGAGCUCUGGCAGACCUGCUGGAAGAGCUCGGUUAUCAGAAACCGAGGCAAUCUGACAGAAGGACCCUGACAACCCACUCAGUUGCCAGUGUUGCCAGUGACAGUAGUCAGGUGAUUUGCGACGAGCCGAACUGUGGCAAAGUCUUCCCAAGGCCUUGUGAACUCAAGUAA